GUUGAGAGAGAUAGUGGGUGGACAUUUGUUUUUGCUCACCAUUGAAAGUGGUCUAAUGGGGAUGAUUUUAGGGUAAAUAUUAAAAUGUUUUUUUUUUUAAUUUUUUUUUUUAGAAAUAGUAAUUGACAAAUUUUUCCGGAAAAAACAAAACUCUACAGACUACAGGCAUUGAAAUUCGGAGCAAGCGAGUAGAGCAAGAAAACCCGACGCAAAGAGGUGGUAGUCUUUGUAAUUAACCAAUUUUCAAGUGUUCAACUUUUCCCAGAAAUCGAAUUGAACUAUCUCUUCAGGAUUUCCAAGAGAUAUGGCAAACCAGGGUGCUAAGAAGAGAAAGGAAGAGAAUGCUCGUCAUAUGUCAAAUCUUCUUCGCCUGAUUAUUGGGUGUAAUGUUGCUUACAUUUUGGUGAGGAUGGUUUUUUAUUAUUCUUCUUUCACAUGGAAGCACUGGAUUGGCUUGAUAUUGACAUCUUUGGCCUAUGCAAUGCCUUAUAAACAACUUGCUAGUAUGGCCAAACCAGCCUACACAAAUGAUGGCGAGCUUAUUGAUGGUGGUUUUGAUAUGAGCACCGGAGGAGUUUGUGGGUAUUUGCAUGACAUAAUCUACAUUACAAGUUUCAUUCAGAUUGCCUCACUCAUCUCCGACAAAUUUUGGUAUGCAUAUUUAGUGAUACCAGGAUUUGCAGCUUAUAAAGCUUCUGGCUUCAUCAAAGGCUUCCUGUCACACAAUUCUGAGGGAGAAGAGGAGGAUGAAAAGACGCGUAAGAAAAGGGAAAAGAUGGAAAGGAAAGCUUCAAGACCCAAAUUUGCAAAAUCACGAACCAGAUAGAUCUCUUGAGGUAGUAUGCUGUAGAAUGCAGAUUCGGUACCAACAAAAGUUCACUUAAGGUCUGUAUGCUGUAUUGCUGUGGUCAUUGAAUCUUAUCAAAAAGCUCAUUUAGUUUUUUCAUCUAAGAUAAAUAUUAAUUAGUAUGGGACUUGUUUAACUGUUGUAUCUUCAUCAUGCAGUCUACAAGAUAACCAGGAAAUUCCUAGAUUCUUUUAGUACCAUUGAUGAAAAUAUUGCUACAUUAUACAUCUACAAGAUUUUCAUGUAAAGGCCUUAUAACUGGAUUUUGCUGUGAUACAACCAAAUGCCAUAAAUCUAUCUUAUGUUAGACAAAAGUAAAGCCAUUUAUGGUGCCUAA